CCAGGGCCCCCAGCUGGCUGGGAACCCCAUGACAGGCGGUUAUGGAGCUCAGCCCAGCAGAGGUCCUGCAAAGACUGCUGGAUACCAAAGGGCCGGUUCAGCGCUAGGAGCUGGGUUCCUCCCAGGAGGGAUGAAGGGGCCAAAGCCAGCUGGUUAUGGGUCUCAGAACGGUCAAGGUGCCAAACCAAACGGCUACCAGCCAGCUGCUGCUGUGCCUAAUGGCUAUGGAGCCCGGUUCAACGGUUAUGGUGCGCAUGCAGGACCAACUAAUGGACAAGGAACCAAAGGAAACGGUUAUGGUGCACAGGCUGGCUUGGCUAAUGGACAAGGAACCAAAGGAAACGGUUACGGUGCUGGAGCCGGUGUUGCCAAGGGAAACCAAGGCCAGGCCAAAGGUGUGUUAGCUGGGUUCCUCCCAGGACGUGGCAAUCCCAGCCCGGCAGCAGAUAAAGCAGUUUAUUCUGGUGUUCCAAACGGAUACGGAGCCCAACCAAAUGGUUACGACCCCGCCGCGGCAGAAGCAGCAGGGGGUCCUGCGAACGGAUAUGGCGCAAAGCAGAAGGGAUAUGGCGCGCCUGAAGCUGGAGCCGUCUCCCCGAGCGCUGCAGCUCUGGGGCCCAGCGCUGGAGCUGACGGGCCUGGCUCUGCAGUCAAAGGAGUCAACGGUGGGUAUUUGACGGGCAGCGAACUGCCCGAGCAGAACGCCCCAGUGACGGCACUCCUCCCUGGGCCCGAGCUCACCGGCCUGCUGGCCCCUGAGGGGGUCGACGGUCUCGCACCGCUACCCGAAACCGUGGCGACCACUAAAGGGGACAUCGGCCAGGAGUUGGUGCCAGAGAGGGCGGUCAUCCAGCACCAGCUACCGACACCCGGCGAGGGCUCUCUGGUUGAGAUCGCUAGCAAACCUGAGAAGAGUGCCGGGGCUUCCAUCAGUGUGGAGGGGUCUAAAGCUGCCAAACCAGACUGUGGACUUGCCACAGCAGGGGGCCAGUGGAUGAAGAUCCCCAGACCUGAUUAUGGAGCAGAACUGGGGCCCUCUGGUACCAACCAGAAAGGUUAUGGCGCAGGAGCUGCUUUCCUGAACAAAUUUGGAGGCAAACCAAACGGUCGCACUGCAGGGCCUUACCCUAAUGGAGGAGGGGCUUAUCCUAAUGGAGGAGGCACUUAUCCUAAUGGAGGAGGCGCUUAUCCUAAUGGAGGAGGGGCUUAUCCUAAUGGAGGAGGGGCUAAAGCAUCCAAACCAGGUUAUGGUGCUGGAAAAGGAGGUGGAUACAAUGUACCAGGACACGGAGCAGGUACACAAAUGUAUAUACAUGCAUGUAGAGCUUGUACAUCAUUGGAUUGACCAAGCCUUGGAAGCCUCUGAUCAGAUAGCAAAUCAUAUUACAGCAUACCCCAGGCCACUUCAUGAACACGCCCUUUUAGAGAUCUUAAAAGAUUUAUGAAUCCAUAACUAAUGGCAAAAACAAGAUUUAUUUUUAAAUGCAUGAGGAUCUCUUUCUCCCCAUCUCCCCCUCACUUCCUCAGGUUUUGGUUCUCCCUACGGUCAACAACAGCCAGGUGAGCUGUGGUCUUAUCCGUUUGUCAAUUUUAUUACAAACCAAACCCAUUCACUGUGUAGUAUAAGAUAAAUCAAGUGAAGCUAGUUUAGUGUUGGGGUAACAUGAGACAAGUGAAGCUAGGUUAGUGAUGGUGUAACAUGAAUCAAGUGAGGCUGGUGUUGGUUAUGUGACUGAGGGUGUGUUUGUGACUCAGGGUUCGGGCAAGGGGCGUACCCUGGGGCUGGUCACUAUGGUAACCCAUCGUUUGGAGGGGCGCCGGCCAACGGUUAUGGCUACGGGGCCGGAGUACAACCAGAGUAUGCAGG